GCGCGCGCGCGCGCGCGCGCGGAGCCGCGUGAUUGCGCGUUUGAAAACUAAUUCGCGAAUCUCGCGAGCUAUCGAUUAACAGCAACGAGCCAGUGCUUUUACAGCGAAGGAUAACGCGGACGCGUGUUCGCCGAGGCGGUGCGAUCAUCCUCUCGUUAUCGAUCGCGUGUACGCAAUAUACGGACGAUUCGCGACGACGCGAGAACGCGAAUUCGAUUGCUCAGCCGAAAGAGAGAGAGAGAGAGAGAGAGAGGCAGACGAAAAUGGGGUUAAGGCGAAUUAAGUGAAACGUCGCUGACGAAAGUGUCGCGAUUACGAGAGACGGUUCUUCCGUUUCUUCCACCUGCGCUGACCUUAGGCCGAAAUGAAAAUUUGCGUGCCGGCGGCACACGCGGGUUUUCCCGUUCGCGAAGCCUCUCACGGGGGUUGACUCUCGUUAAUCCUCCCCAGCGCAAGAGGAGAAAGUUUCUCAGCGGGGAAUGUUCUCGGAUAUUUUCCCCUCUCGCGCGAAGGAUACCUCUUCCCUCGGCUCCUUUAAGCAGCGGGGGAAAAUGCGCGCGCGGUGUCCAUAGAUGAGUACUUGAAGAGAUUAACGCGAUAAUCGCGCCGCGCUGAUUUCCGCUGAUUAUCUCAAUUCAAAGUGGAGUUGUCGAAUAAGUGCAAUUCGCGAAUACGAAUGUUUAUUAGCUCGGUUUUCAGUCGGCAAUUGUUUAUGCGUCAUAAGCGGAUGAAUGAAUGAAUGAACGACGGUGAUUCGCGGAAUGCGAAUAAGGACGAGAACGUGUAUUCCUCCGGUGCGCUUCGAUGUUGAUAAGAAUACUUACGCGCAAUAGAGAUGUACACCCCCUCCUUUCGACCUUCCCUCUUCACCGUUCUAAAUUGGCUUCAACUUCAUAGACUAGCGAACGACGAAAUUAGAACGUCGUUCUACGGUAUUAUUGUAGCAUCGUGGAACUUUGCGGUUAACGCUUAUCUCUCUCUUCCUCCCUCUCUCUCUCUCUCUCUCUCUCUCUCCCUCUCUCUCUCUCUCUUUUCCUUCCGCGUGUUUGCAUUAAAGUUUAAACGCGGCGGAGUCGAUGGCGCACACAUGUGCCGCGCGGUCAUAAGACGGAUGACAUUUCUCGCCACUGGCAGAUAUCGAUGAGGACGUCGAGCAUGGUGCUGAAGUCGGACAACGGAAACGACGACGUCGACGACGUCGGCCCCCGCAUGCAGCGCGCGAGCACGAUCGACGAGCAGCAAGGACGACUCGCGACGACUUGGGUGCAUUAGAGCGCGGGUGUGUUGUCGGCGGGGGCGAUCGAAAUGUCGUUUUUCGGGCGGAAAAUGGGCGGCGGCGGCGGCGGCGGCGGCGGCGGUGGUGGAGGUGGCGGAGGUGGUGGAGGUACCGAACAUACCGGCCGCAACCUGCAAGAUGGCCUGUUCCAAAUCGCGUCUCAGGCCUGCCAUAUCCUGGUUCAGGUGAACAACACGCACAACGUCUCCUACGGCGGUAGCAAUAAUGUGAACAACAUCGCGUACUCCAAGUAUUCCACCGCCGGCGGCGGCUCCACCGUUACGGCCACUUCAUCGUCGACGAAGGGAGCCACCACCGCCAAGGCGUAUCCGAAGUACGCGGAGCCGCGCGACAAGGAUCAGGAUGUAGUGGUGUUGCUGCCGCACCGCAAGAACCGAACGCCGCGGCUCAAGCAUAAAUUGUCGACCGUGUCCGAAAACGCACGGCUGGACGUAAACUCGCCGAGCGGCGACGACGACCUGGAAUUAUGGGACCAGUCGGGAUUCAUGCUGAGAAGCGACGUGGACGACCCUCUCACGAACGCAAAGUGGGGCGCGCAGGGCUGGUGCAGACCCAGUUGCAUACCGAUCACGAUCAUCCUGGUCCUGAUCGUGCUGGUGGUGCUGCUGCCGCUGUUGGACCACGCGGCGGAGAAGUACGCGCUGAAGGCGGGCGCGUUCGACGACGAGUCCAUGUGCAUGGAUCGUUGCGCGGUGUCCUUGGUGGAGACGAUACCGCUGGGCAUGAAUUACAACGAUAACGCGCCGCGGCACGAGAGCAUUCACAGCUCUUGGAUGGAUCUGAUCGGGAUGGCGCAGGACACGAUCGAGAUCGCGUCGCUCUACUGGACGAUGAGGCGGGAGGACGUGUUUCCCGAUGACAGCGCCCAAGAGGGUGAGCAAGUGUUCCAAUCGCUCCUAGAGGCUGGAAGGGAUAGGCAAAUUACGCUGAAAAUAGCGCAGAACAUCCCCUCGCGCCUGUCGCCGAACACCGACACGCAAAUCUUAGCCAGGAAGGCUAACGCGCAGGUGAGAAGUUUGAAUUUCGCUGCCUUGCUGGGCGGCGGGGUGCUCCAUACCAAGCUGUGGCUCAUCGAUCGCACUCACGUAUACGUAGGCUCGGCGAAUAUGGACUGGCGAUCCCUCUCGCAAGUGAAGGAGCUCGGCCUGCUGGUUCUCAACUGUUCGUGCUUAGCGAACGAUUACGCCAAAAUAUUCGAUGUAUACUGGAAGUUGGGUCAAGACGGUAAAGUGCCUUCCACGUGGCCGGACUCCCUCAGCACAAAGAUUAACUUAGAUAACCCCAUGAAUUUUACGUACAUGGAUAAUAAGUACAGGCUGUUCGUCGCGAGCUCACCCCCGGCCUUCUCGCCGAGAGGCAGGAGCUACGACCUGGACGCGAUCCUGCACUGCAUCGCCAAGGCGGAGAAGUUCAUCUACAUCUCCGUGAUGGAUUACUUCCCGCUGACCAUCUAUACUGCACAAGUGAAGUACUGGCCUAUAAUAGACAACGCUCUGCGGGCGGCGGCGAUCGAGCGUAAGAUAGAGGUGCGCCUCUUGAUCUCCUGGUGGAAACACUCGAGACCGUCCGAAACGUAUUUCCUGAGGUCGCUGCAGGACCUCACGUCCAGCUACGCGAACGUCAACAUCGAGGUGAAGCGUUUCAUCGUGCCGACGAGCCCGCGCUGGGACAGGAUACCGUUCUCCAGGGUGAACCACAACAAGUACAUGGUGACCGACGCGGCGGCUUACAUCGGCACGAGCAAUUGGUCGGGCGAUUAUUUCAUCAACACGGCCGGUGUCGGCACCGUGUUCGAAAACGUCGGACGCGGUCAGACGAGGGACAACAUAAGGCAGCAGCUGGAGGAUAUCUUCCGUCGCGAUUGGUAUUCCAAUUACUCUUUCCCGCUGAAUAUAAGCGAGGCGCGUUUCGAGAACGCGUGGAGCUUGUUGAGGAGCACGUAUCAUCAUUCGUCGCACGAGCCUUACAUACACGCGUAAUUAAUGCGCGAGAUCGAUCCGCGCGCGCGGCAAGUAUAUAUUCGCAAUCAGCGGGGAUUCCGCCGCCGCCGCUGCCGCGUUGUCGGAGCGCGAGCGGAAGAAGCCGUUGAUUCGUUCGUUUGUUCGUUCCUUCGCGACUCCUUACGCGAGGGAUUCCCUCCACCGCGCACGCCCCUGAUUGCUACUUUUAUAAAUAUGUUUUGAGCUUCUCUCGCGCGCGCGCGUGCACGCGAGGAGGCAGUGGAUCAUUAUGUAUUCCUCGGUUCAUGAUUAUGCAUAUGUCGCUGUCCACGUGUGACGCUUUUUAUGCGUUUAUUGCGUUAAGACGUAAUACACCAAGCGCGUUUUUAAAAGGUGCCGCUCCUUUUUGCGGCGAAUUAUUAUGAAUUAGGCGGAUGUUUAAAAUCAAGCUGGCCGACGACCAGUAAUGCGUGAGAAAUCAACGUCGACAUCUUUGAUAGAAAUAUUUCCACUUUUAAGGACACUGUUACGUUGCUCGUGAUCGUGAGUCGAGUCUCGAAGCGAAGAAAUCCAGUCGCGGAAGCGAUACCAAUCGUGUUUUGUCGCGCGAUCUUUUUCUCUGCGCGUAUUAACGAUCGAGUACGUCUGUUUUGCUCCUUUUUUCCAUCUACCGCUUCCUUGAGACCUCCCCCUUUUCGCUUUCCGAAGAUCUCCGAAGUAUUUUACAUCCGUCUCAGAGUCUCUUAUAAGAGCACAUUAUAAAUACCGCAGACUGUGAAAAAAGAAAGAAAAAAGAGAAACAACCGUCGGACCGGCGAUAUCACGCAGUUCUUCCCUCGCGCAAUUAUUACCCGAUCUCCCACACACAUCACCGUCUCGCUAUCGUCCUCAUUAUCAUCUUUACACCUACCGCUGCGUGUGCAAACAGUGUAUUAUACCACUCGCGUGCUUAACGGCGUUCCACGCGAAGCGAUGAAAAAUAACAUGUGCCUUAGAGAAAACGUUUUCGCGAUGGGAUGCGCAUGCGGACGCACAGUUCACGACGAGGGCACAGAAAACCGCAUCGCCCUACACGUUCGAAGAAAAGGAAAAUGUACGCAUCGACUUUUCGCGUUCUUCCAUGUGUAAGUCUACAAUUCUGUCGGCCGUAUAACUCGCGCACCACUCGCGUUGAGCCUGUUAUGUGCUACAGUUAUAUCCAAAGGUAGGAUUUGACCGAUUCCACCAACGAUGUGCGGCGAGAGAGAGAGAGAGAGAGAGAGAGAGAGAGAGAGAGAGAGAGAGACGGCUAAUACGCACCUGCAUGACAUAUGGCGAAAAAAGGGAGGCAAGAAGAAAGGGAAAAGUAAAAAGGCAAGAUGGAAAUAUCGCGUUGGUGCGCGCGGGUCGUUGAUAAGAAGAAAAACAAUGACUUUUGCCAUCGGCGAUGUAUCGAAAUUUAUUCGAAGCGUGCGUUCUUAUCGAACUAACGACAGUCGUCGUCAUUCUCGAUUGUUUUUCUACCCUUUUGUCGUCAAGUAUUAUAUAUCAUCAAUGUAUGCCUCCGAAAAAGAGAGGAUUUACAAGUAUAAUACAAAGUCCAGCAUGAAAAUUCAUAUUGUACUGCGUUUUGCUUACGUGGAAGCGAGAUACUUUGUCCCUUCCCCCAUCUUCGCAGGCUCGUUUUCUUCGUUGAGCACACGUCGAUGAGAGAGAGCCCGGUGCGCCCGGCGUACGCAUAAUUAGUCUCGCUCGUACGCUGUUACGCUGCGACGGGACUUGCGUGUGCGCGGCACAUCUUUCAGCCGUCUCGAAAGCCGUCAGAGAGAGAGAGAGAGAGAGAGAGAGAGAGGAACCGGUCUAACAUAUCGGCAUUCAACAUGGCAUCUCGAUUUUCGAAAUAAAAUCCAAGAGAUUUUCAAUGUACGUCAUCGCGUUUCUCAAUUCGCCCCUCUCCUUCCCCGUGUUACGACAAAGAUGACGACAAAGGCCGACGACGACGGGCCGGGCGCGAUGGUCGAGCGACGUUCGAGUUUACGUUGAGGUCCUAAUGAAUUUCCAUCUCGUUCGUUUUAAGUGCUUGCAGUAACGGUAAGCACACGCUUCGGUGAUCAUUCCCGAGACGUACCGGUGCGCGCAGCUCCGGCCGACUGCAUGCGUUGCACACACGUCGGUACGAACGAAGCGAGACAGAGAGAAUGGAAGAAUGGAAGGAGCGAUAAUAGAUCGUCGAAAUUAUCGACAGACUCCAGCCGAGGAUUAUUAUCGACAAAAGCUAUUGGAUCAACCGCUCUUCUCGCGCUUGACGCAUGUUGACUUUUACGUAUGUGCGGAAAAAACACGGGAUAAAAGAGCGGGUAUUGAAAAUAAACGUAAAGACGCGAUCUGUUUCUUGCGUUUCGCUCGACAACAAGACGAGUGCAGAUUAAAUCACUGGCUGUCGAAAUUUUUAUCGAUUUCUUACACGAUAUACUGAGAACACCCUAUAAUGUGCCUAUAAUGUGUUGAAGAAUCGUUAGCCGGCGGUGCGCAUGUUGUGCGCGUGAAUAUAUCGGAGAAAACCACCACGCUACUUUGCAUACUAAGCGACUAAAUAAAACAGCGAUAAACAGAAAAGCAUCUUGGAAUAUUACUGCGAUCAUUGGAUACUGGAUGUGCGCGAGGAUAACAUUUGAAAUGAUGACAUGGAACGUGUAGAAACUUUAUCCGACCGUACAUAUCUCGCGGUAUCUUGAAAGAUAUUCCGACAAUGGCGCAGGAAGACGAUCAAAUUUUAUUUCAACCUUCGCGAGCAACUUCGCAAGCAAUUCGAGAGGGAAAAAUAAUAUUCGGUGGAUGUACGUAUUGCGAAAAAUCGAUAUCGAGAAACGAUGAAACGGAAAGGUGGAAAAACUCCGGGGUUUUUUACUUCGCUCGACAUGUUUGACCCGAAAAUAUAAACAAAAAGAUAUAUCUGUACGCGUAUCGUAAUCGUUCUUCAUGCAAAUUAAUUGGAAUUGUGCUUCACUCGUGCGACAUCCUUUAAUUAAUGCGUGCCCGUCAGUGGUCGCAUAAAUGCAUUAAAAGUGUAUUUACAUACAUCAGGGGAAGCUGUACAUUUUGAAAACUCAAGCCAUACGCAACAACGUUUAACCUUUCUGUGGAUGCACAGUUUUUUAUCUUUCUAUCAGCGUAUUGAAUAUUCAGAUGUGCAUUACAUAUUCGGCAUACGGUGUUCUAAAAAAAUAUUAUUGACUUUCAAUUUUUUCUACCUUUUUUCAAAGAGCGGUAUUGCGCACAGAUCGAGAGAUGAAAGCCUUGGUUGAUUAAAACGGUCGGUCAUAUCAUCGUCAUAUAAAAUUAAUCGAUCGUCGUGUAUAUGAUUAUGAAUUAUGAAUUAUUUAAUCGAUCAGCAUGUGUCAAUAUUUAAUUAACCUUUAUGGAAAAGACACGUGUUGAGAUAAGAGUAGAAAUUAGCACGCGUGAUUAAGCAUGUAAAUUCCCUGUUUAGAUGGAUAUUAUACAGAACAUUAUAUUAA